GUAACAAGCGCUAUUUUGACGUUGAGUUGCUAUUUGGGAUGGCCGGGGAAUCCCCUUAUACACUGUACUUCCUUGAAAAUUUCCAAACAGGAAUAUGCCUUAGCUAAUAUUGUCGAUUUUACUUGUUAAAAUGGUGAAAGAACGGAAUGCUCUGCGAACAGGACAAGAACACGAUGAAAAAACUCAAACGGAAAACAUUGUUUAUUCUCCGGUGAUGAAGACUGAAGAUCAGUCGGAUCCAGAGGAGGAUUUGGGCAGCUUGAGUAUUGAUGACAUCAUCAAUCACAUUGAACAUCUCAAAAUCAAGGAUGAGAAAAAGGAAAUUUUUACAGCCAGAGGAAAAAUAAAAACUCCUCAAAUUGAUGAAAGGUUGUAUCCAUAUGGUAACUACUAUAAAACAACCGACAAUGUUCAGAUCAAUCUUCCGGAAUAUAAGAUCCAACAGCCGUACCUUAUUCAUACCACCAUCAUGCCACCUACAUGUCAACACUUUUCAACACAGAAUGUUUUUAGGGAGAAACAAAAUCACUACGUGGCCGCAGUGGAUGAAAGAUGCCGAUUUUGGAUGAAACCCAAAGAAGAAUUUGCGUACUAUCAACAAAUACAGGGCCACCAUCUCCUUCCUCGCAAGGAUCCAUACCAGGGAAUAUGGGAAGAAGAUGGGCGUGUCCGAAAGCAGAAGACUUCUGGGAACUCCAAGUCCGCUGGAAAUGUGACGUUAAGGAGCAUCAGGAAACUAAAACAAACAAAAGAUCUGACAGUAGCAGACGGAGUUGUGAUUCCGUUUCCAGAAGAGUUUUGUUCUGACGAGGAUAUAAUAGAUGGCCUGCCAUUGGACCUUGAUGUGGACUGCUGCCCUGGACAAAUGCACUUCUCGGAGAAAGCCUGGGAGGACGGUAUCCCCAAGUUGGACCUUCCGGCGUGUGAUCUCAUGGAAAUUUUUGAAAAUUGUCCAGACAGCCAUAUCGUGUCUAAAAGUGAACAUCAUGGUUACUUCCCUUUGUCACCAGCAGAGACUAUUCCGAAUUAUCACCCAUCCCCAGGUCGCAUGGACGAGGUGUAUAAUCAGGACAGUAAUGACAAACUGUCAAGUCCCGAACACAGUCAGGACGAGUGUGAAAUUGUAGAGACUACCAGUCCGUACCCUCAGAUGGGCCUAUCUCCCAACGGCAGUGCACUUGGUGAUAUCGAAGUGUGCUCCCCAGGAGAACUCUCACCAGGGGAGUUAAAAAACCUGGAACAAAUUACACAGCAUCUCAAUGACACAUACACUGUUCUGGACAACCACAUGUACUUUGACUGGAUUUCCUGUGAUAUAGAUGGAGACAGUGUGUUGCACUCCUGUAUGAUCGCCGAAGCUACUACAGACUUAAUCCUCCUGUUGAUCGUCAGCCUCCAGUCGGAAGGUAUCCUGUCCUCUAUAAUCAAUCUACAGAACCAGAUGUUGAGGACGGCUUUGUUCCUGGCAGUAAGGGAGGAGAAGGUGGAUAUUGCCAAGUCUCUGCUGGACAAUAACGCUGACCCCAACAUACAGGGAAAGAUUCUGGGAAUAAAUGACAAUUAUGAACUGAGAUCUCCACUCCACCUGGUUGCAGAAAAGGGAGAUAAUUCAUUGCAAAUGUUAAAAAUCCUGCUCGACUGUGAUAAAACUCAAGUGGAUCUAAGAAGUGAGAGUGAUCGACGAACAGCACUACACCUAGCACUACUAUCACACUGUUUUGACCGACCAGAGAGGUCAAAUGUCAACUGUUCUAGAACCAUUGAGCUACUUAUCCAGUAUGAUGCUGAUGUUGAGUUGGCGGAAGACUGCAGUAGCAAGACCCCAAUCAUCCUGGCCAUAGACACCAGAGACUACCACUUGGUCAAAUCAUUCAUCAAUUGUGUUGAGGAAGAAAAAGAAAAAGACAUGAUUCGUUGUAUCCUAGAGACUUGUACGCGGGCGGGUGAUACACCAUUACACAUUGCAGCAGGAGCAAACAUUCUCAAGGAGGACAAGGUGAAACUCUUACGGUUACUGGUGAAUCGUGGGGCUAAUACACAUACAGAAAACAACAUCAAGCAGCUACCGGAGGACAUCGCAAGUCGCGAUCUGUGGAAGGCUGCAUUCCGAUGCUGAGGAACUCUUGUGUUAUCGUGUGUUACCUGGCGUUACCGUGUGUUACUAUGUGUUACCUGAUGUUACCUGGUGUUACCUGGUGUUACCUGGUGUUACUCUGUAAUAGUUGGAUAAGAACACAUGACAACUUGAGAUCACCAAAGUUUAGAAUUAUAGUAACCGCGUAAAGAAUGAAUCUUUAUUUUUAUUUGAAGUUAAGUUUGGACAUUCCUACCUUAAUGCUGGAUACAACAUCAGUCAUUGUCUGUUAUUUUGUUUGUUUUUCACUUUUUCCAAAUCAAUGGAAAUUAGAUCAGUAUGUUUGAUGUGUUGAUAUGUGAUACAAUGAAGAACUAUAUAUAUUUGAUAUUCUUAGAACUAUAUGUAAAACGCCAUUCCACUACAUAGAGAUUAAGGUGGAAAAGCCUUCAACAUACUUAUUUACACACGUUUUCCCAGUAAAUAAACACUAUCUGAUGUAAUAGUGUAUCUACACAUGUUAACAUAUACCACGAUGUCGCUGUAUAAUGUUAACAUAUACCACGAUGUCGCUGUAUGAUGUUAACAUAUACCACGAUGUCGCUGUAUGAUGUUAACAUAUACCACGAUGUCGCUGUAUGAUGUUAACAUAUACCACGAUGUCGCUGUAUAAUGUUAACAUAUACCACGAUGUCGCUGUAUAAUGUUAACAUAUACCACGAUGUCGCUGUAUAAUGUUAACAUAUACCACGAUGUCGCUGUAUAAUGUUAACAUAUACCACGAUGUCGCUGUAUAAACUAACUGGUAAGAAUCGUCAGUGUAUGUGGCUCAAUAGUCCAGCAGCUUGUGCACCUCUGUCUUCUGGCUGACACAUUUUAUUUCACUAUCUCUCUCAGAAAAUACUUUAUUAAUCAUUUAGAUUUUGUACACCGAUAUCCUGUAGAACGUAUUGUUAAAUGAAAUCUGCGGAUUUAAUGAAGAGGUAUUGCAACUCAUAGCUCAUUGGGUGACCAUCUUGGAUUCUAGGUUCAACGACUUUGUCACAAUAUUUCUCAAAUAGAACUGAUAGAACUUCCUCAGAUUUUAUAUAGAAGUGUACAUCCUGUCCUUAUGAAAACAUCACUUGAUUGUUGUUACAGAGAAACAAUGUGACUCUCAAGCACUUUAAAUUCAGGGUUUAGAUUCAUUUCUCAGAAAGUACUGGAAAGGUCAUUUAUCAUGUAUAAUCAAAUUCAAAGGUCAAGGCUAGAGACUGUUAUCAGACAUUGACCGUUAUCAGACAUUGACUGUUAUCAGACAUUGACUGUUAUCAGACAUUGACUGUUAUCAGACAUUGACCGUUAUCUGACAUUGACCGUAAUCUGACAUUGACUGUUAUCAGACAUUGACCGUUAUCAGACAUUGACCAUUAUAAGCCUGUCAUAUUCUAUUGUAUUGGUGUCACUUUCUGUCUUAUUUAUGUUGAUCUCCUCAACCUAGCCAAUGAAAUUUGAUAUCCUGAAAUAUUUUGUUGUCUGUUGAAUUUGGUAUCAAAUUUCAUUGUCUACACUUUUCACAUGGUAGUUACUAUGUAGUAUAUAUAUUGUCGAUAUAAAGAUCCUACCAUCAUAGUAUACACACAACAUAGAGAAAUUGAUAAAAAGAAUGUUGUUAUUGUACAGUUUUGUAUUCUCUAUCAUUCAGUAAUCCAUGUAUGACAUUAAUAAAAAUACUAAUUUCAGUAAAACUAACAUCUUUCCUGGCUCACCUACCCAAAGGACACUAGAGCUUGUGUGUCCAUCUUCCAUGUCGUCUCUCCAGCAUCAGUAGUUUUCAUUUGAACAACUUCAUCAAAAAGACUUAUAUAAAUGAACUAGGAGUCCAGAGACCUAAUAUUUGGCCUGUAUCAUGCUAGGGUAAAAGGUUACCAUGUUUGAACAAUAUUCAAGGUCACAGGUCAGAUAUUCUAAAAACCUUUAAACAACUUCGCCUGACCAGGACCAGAAACCUGAUGGUUGGCCUGUAGCUGAGGUGCCAAGAUUUUAUAAAAAUCUUUUUAUAUCUUGACCUUCAUCUAUAAGAUCAUAAUGUAUUUAAAUGCUGGAAUCUUUUAAGAUAGUUCUUCUCAAUAAUCAAGAGGGCCAGAGACCUGAUAUUUGGUCUGUAGCAUGCUGGGAUGACCUUGACCUACAUUCAAGGUCACGGGGGUCAAAUGUGCUUAACUCUUUAAACAACUUCUCAAUAACAAAGAGACCUAAAACCUGAAUUGAACCUGUAUCAUGCUAGAAUUCAGUGUUACCUCUUUCUUGAUCUAUAUUCAAAGUCUUUGGUGUUAAAUAUGUUAAAAUCACCUUAUUAUCAAUAAGCCCCGGGAUGAAUGGGUAGCAAGUUUGUUUAAAUGAACAUACAUGUACUUGACUUUUUUCAAGGUCACAUGUGUCCAAUGUUCUUCACAUUUUAUUUUUUUUUUUGUCUAAAUAAGCAAGAGAGGUGGCCAUGGGUUCACGAUUUGGGCCAUUAGUAUGCCAGGAUUAUUACAGCAUACUUAAAUAUUGAAAUGAAGAAGUAUUCAGCUGAGUUCCAUAUUCAUGAAUGAUGAUCAACUUAAGUCGAGAGGAAAGAACUAAUAUAGGCCUUGUCUUGUCCAAUUCCUUUGGUUAAUAUUAAAUUUUCUAUGUAAGAAUACUGUACUUUGUUUUAUAUUUGUUGUGCUGACAAUAAAAUAUUUUUAAAUUUAACUUUAUAGUUGUAUAAGUAGCUGGUGAGUGAUACAGGCCUACUGUGCCUCUUGUGUGUUAAUAGCUUAUUGUGGUAGUCUCUUGGACACUGUUUGGCCAAGUAUUUUUUCUAAAUUCACUAAUUUGGCUUUCUCUGCAAUGCAAAGCUGUAAUAUCAAAAACAAGGCAAUAUUGAAAACUGAGAAAUGCCUGUAACAUCACUACACACAUUGGAUACUUAAUGGUGUUUUUAUUUAAUACUUAGUCAGUUUAUGUAGAUCACUAUGAAAUAUUAGCCUGUUUGUCCUGGAGGUACAGCAAACAUGGUUACAGAGGAAUCCACUUAUUUGCAUAUCGGUUAUUUGCAUAAUCUUCUUAUUUGCAUAAAAUUCUCAGGUCAGGUGAUUAGAUUUUAUAGUAGAUCAAUAUCUUAUUUCAAAUGUCGAUAAUCUUGUAAACCAAAUGUUCUUAUCAAAAUAAAACACAUUUACAAACUAUUAACAUGUAGAGAACUCUCAUUUGCCUAGAAUUUGUUGUAAAAUUGUAGAUAAACGGCGAUGAAAAACAA